CACAAGCAACAAACAGGCAGCCCGCACACAUACUGGCCUGAGCUCUCGCUUUAUCUCGCUUCCCCCUCCUCCUCCUCCUCUCCUCCUUCUCCUCCUUCUUCUUCUGUCCAUCCUUCUUCUUUGAUUCCCUUUCCCAGAUGUCGCUGCCCCAGACCCCGCUGCGGCCACUCGACGCAGACGGUCCGCCGGGGUUCCGGGAGCGGAUCGCGGUGCUGGAGAUAGUCCAGCAGCCACAGCGGGCGCGGUCCUGCGGAAACGCAGACCGCGACCGUCGAACACUCGAUCCACCGCCAGUGCUCAAGCUGGAUGUGCGUCUGCCUCACCAGCCGCGGACAGAUACGCACUACAUGAAACAGUUCACCUGGAUCGUCCAGUGUCUGCUCUACUCCGCCGAGUCGCCCUGUGCGCUUCUCCCGCCAGCUGCCCACGGACGCGCCCUCGUCCGCGGAAACCUCGUCGCAAACGCUCACUUUGUCGACCUCGCUCUCGAUGGCCACCGCGGCGAGGCUUGCUACUUUUGCUUCCCCGAUCUCUCGUUCUCCACCGCGGGUCUCUACCGCCUCAAGUUUCAGUGCGCUUGGAUCGACCAACACGCUCGCUCAAACUCCCACCUCGUCCGCUCGCUAGGCACAAUGGGCCACCAGAUUUCUGAUGUCUUUCGCGUCUACUCCGCCAAGGACUUUCCCUCCAUGCUGCCAAUGACCCCAAUCUCUCUCUCCCUCAAACGACAAGGUCUCUGGAUCCGCGGAGGCAUCCAACGCAACCGCCGAGCCCGCCGUCUCGCCCGUGCCUCGUCUGCCUCCAGACCUGCUCUUGGUCGCUCGGCGGCCAUUGCAGAGGCUGACGAACACGAAAACGGCACCCACAACACUUACAGCGAAAACUACAUCGACGACUAUCACGAUAACGAUAACGAUUUUGACAACGACAGUCAAGGCGACUAGUCCCGUUCUUGGAUUCAUUAUUAUUGUCGGCCUAGCACGUAUGCUGCCGUGGCGUUUGUUACUUUUAGUUGUCUCUUUUUAGUAGUGAUGUUUUUUGUCAUAUUUCUUGAUGGCUAUGACAAUAGUAUCUUAAUAAGUGUAAAAUAAUAAAAUAAAUGUGAUGGUUUUUAA